AAUAGGGAAAUAAAAUAAAAAGGAGGAGUUAGGGUUAUAAGUGGUUACUCAUUACCAUAUUUAUCUUCUCUCUCACAUCCCUCUCUUCUCGGUUCAGCAGCAGCCCCAGCACCACCAGGCCACGCAUCCACCGUAGUCACCAGCAGCCACGGCGGCCAUCAUUAACCAUAAAGGAAAGUUUUUAAGAGAUGCCUGGGCUUACCUGCAACGCUUGUAACAAAGAAUUUUUGGAUGAUUCUGAGCAAAAGCUUCAUUAUAAAUCAGAAUGGCACCGGUACAAUCUAAAACGCAAGAUUGCUGGGGUUCCUGGAGUAACAGAAGCCCUAUUUUUGGCAAGGCAAUCUGCACUUGCUGAGCAGAAGAAAAAGUUAGAUGAGGCUCCCAUGCUUUACAGUUGUGGACUAUGUGGGAAGGGUUACAGAAGCUCUAAGGCUCAUGCUCAACAUCUAAAAUCGAAGACACACAUCUUGCGAUCUACUCAGGGAGAAAAUCUUCAAAAUGAAGACAAUGCCAUAAUAAGGCCACUGACACGCCGCACUCCUGUAAGACCUCCUCAUAGGAAAGUUGUAGACAGCGAGGAGAGUGAUGAGAGUGAAUGGGAGGAGGCAGACCCUGAGGAAGAGAUGAUUGGUGAGGCUGCUGAUUCGCUUGCAUCCUUGAAUAUGACUGGAGAUACUGCUGCUAUGGCUGAUGAUGAUGAUGAAGAUGAUGAUGAUGAUUUUGAAGAAUUGGAUCCAACCUGCUGUAUCAUGUGUGACGCGGAGAACGGUAGCUUAGAGAGCUGUAUGGUUCAUAUGCACAAAAAGCAUGGUUUUUUUAUCCCUGACAUCGAGUAUUUGAAAGAUCCAAAGGGCCUCCUUACAUAUCUCGGUAUUAAGGUGAAAAGGGAUUUCUUAUGUUUGUAUUGCAACGAGAGGUGUCACCCAUUUAGCAGCUUGGAGGCAGUUAGGAAGCACAUGGAAGCAAAAAGUCACUGUAAAGUUCGAUAUGGUGAUGGAAAUGAUGAUGAAGAGGUGGAAUUAGAAGAAUUUUAUGAUUAUAGCAGCAGUUACAUGUAUGAAGAUGGAAAACAACUUGUUGCCAUCAACGAUGGGGAUAUCUCUGUCGAACUGGGUCAUGGCGGUUCUGAGCUCAUUAUCAAAAAUAAGACUAACAGAGGUGUAUCCGCCAAGACACUUGGAUCGCGAGAGUUUUUGCGCUACUACAAGCAAAAACCACGACCUGCACCCGAUAGUGAUAAGGCAAUUUCCAUUGCCUUAGCCUCAAGGUACAAGAGCAUGGGUCUAGCGACGGUGCAUUCAAAGGAGCAUACAAUCAGAAUGAAGGUGAUGAAAGAAAUUAGCAGAUCUGGAGUGGAAGUCAUGCGGAGCAAGAUUGGUAUGAAGAGCAAUGUUAUUAGGAAUCUUCCUAAGAAUGUUCCAUACUAGAUUUUUAUAUUAUUAUUAUAUAUUUAUAUAUAUAUAUAUAUAUAUAUUGUGGAUUAUUUGUUUUCAUAAUUAAGAGUAGCUUCGUACUUUUUAUGUGAGUUUCCCUUAAGUUUUUUAAUCAUGUAUUAUGCAUGAAGAAGGUUGGAAAAUAUUACUACAGUAAUGGGCAAGUAGUAUUGAUAUU